CAAGAUAGGGUCUCAUGAACUAUUCCCCGGGCUGGCUUUGAACCGCAAUGCUCCUGAUCUCUGCCUCCUGAGUAGCCAGGAUUAGCCGGCUAAGGCUUUUGAAACAGCUUUCCACGGUCAUGGCACCAAGUUUCUGUUCCAGCCAGCGUUAGCAUCUGCAGGCUGCACCCUUGUCCUCAAGGAUUGGUAAUAAGCUACUCUUUGCCAAUCUAGUCCGUUCUUGACUUGUUUUUGUGAUGUAACGGUUGGGAGAAAGGAGGGGUGGGUGUCUGAGCUCCCUCGGGGCUGUUUUAUAGAUUAAACCAAACGGCGAUAAAAGAGCUUUAGCGUCGCGUGACCCUUCCCCGGCGCUUAGUGACCGCGAGCUCCUAGCACAGGAGCAGGCAACGCAGGUGGGCGGAGCCAGGCCUAGCAGCGGCCAAUGGGGAGUUGAGAUGGUGGGGCCACACCACCCUUGACCGAGUCUUAAAAGGGCAAAGGAAGGACGCUGAGAUCGCCACGUGGGGCGUCCCACCUCCGUUGGUGUAGGACCCUGAGCUUUUUGGGGCGUUUGCGAGUAGAAAGGGUAUUUUCCACCCUCCACGACCCCGACCCGGCCCCAGCCUCGCACUGGGCCUAGCGGUGCAGUGCGGCUCGGCUCCUUUAAGGACCUCGCGGGUCGCGCGCCCGUGGUCGCGGCCGCACUCCACUCCACGGGGCCCGGAGGCGCCUCUCGGCCAUGCGUGCGCUGCGGGUCGGACUGACCCUGGCACUGGGCGCGGGGCUGGGCGCGGCCGCCGAGCGCUGGAGGCGGCAGCAGACGGACGCGCAGGAGGCCCGGGGGCUGCUGGGCCGGCUGCCCGUGCUGCCCGUGGCGGCGGCGGCCGAGCUGCCCGCGGUGCCCGUUCUGCCUGGGGGCCCCGGGGGCCGCGGCCCGGGCGAGCUGGCUAAGUAUGGGCUGCCCGGCGUGGCGCAGCUCAAGAGCCGCGAGUCCUACGUGCUCUGCUACGACCCGCGCACCCGCGGCGCGCUCUGGGUGAUCGAGCAGCUGCGGCCCGAGCGGCUACGCGGCGACGGCGACCGCCGCUCGUGCGACUUCCGCGAGGACGACUCGGUACAUGCCUACCACCGCGCCACCAACGCCGACUACCGAGGCAGCGGCUUCGACCGCGGCCACCUCGCCGCUGCCGCCAACCACCGCUGGAGCCAGAAGGCCAUGGACGACACCUUCUACCUGAGCAACGUGGCGCCGCAGGUGCCCCACCUCAACCAGAAUGCCUGGAACAAUCUGGAGAAGUACAGCCGCAGCUUGACCCGCACCUACCAAAACGUCUAUGUCUGCACAGGGCCACUCUUCCUGCCCAGGAUGGAGGCCGAUGGGAAGUCCUAUGUGAAGUACCAGGUGAUUGGCAAGAACAACGUGGCAGUGCCCACACACUUCUUCAAGGUGUUGAUCCUGGAGGCAGCUGGUGGGCAAAUUGAGCUGCGCUCCUAUGUGAUGCCCAAUACCCCUGUGGACGAGGCGAUCCCACUGGAGCGCUUCCUGGUGUCCAUCGAGAGCAUUGAACGGGCCUCAGGGCUGCUCUUCGUGCCAAACAUCCUGGCAAGAGCUGGAAACCUCAAGGCCAUCACUGCUGGCAGCAAGUGAGCACAGCAGCCGAGAGACUGGGGUGGGUCAUAUUAAACGUGGCUAUUUUUG